CACAUGAUAUGGAGGGGAUUGGAACACCUGAAUCACAUGAUAUGGAGGGGAUUGGAACACCUGAAUCACAUGAUAUGGAGGGGAUUGGAACACCUGAAUCACAUGAUACGGAGGGGAUUGGAACACCUGAAUCACAUGAUACGGAGGGGAUUGGAACACCUGAAUCACAUGAUAUGGAGGGGAUUGGAACACCUGAAUCGCAUGAUAUGGAGGGGAUUGGAACACCUGAAUCGCAUGAUAUGGAGAAGAUUGGAACACCUGAAUCACAUGAUAUGGAGGGGAUUGGAACACCUGAAUCGCAUGAUAAGGAGGGGAUUGGAACACCAGAAUCGCAUGAUGGAGGGGAUUGGAACACCUGAAUCACAUGAUAUGGAGGGGAUUGGAACACCAGAAUCGCAUGAUUGGGAGGGGAUUGGAACACCUGAAUCACAUGAUAUGGAGGGGAUUGGAACACCUGAAUCACAUAUAUGGAGGGGAUUGGAACACCUGAAUCACAUGAUAUGGAGGGGAUUGGAACACCUGAAUCGCAUGAUAUGGAGGGGAUUGGAACACCUGAAUCGCAUUAUAUGG